AUGCCACUCCGAACACCACACCUUCUCCGCAAAGGCCUACACAUCCGGCUCCCGCGCCCCUCCCUCCCACCACAACCCAACCGUCGAUCGAUCCCCCACUACCGCGCAGCCACCCUCCCGCCAAUGACGAAGCCCACAACGCCAACACCAGCCCUCCCCCCAAACCCCACCGCCUCCACUUCCACCUCCUCCACAACCCCCGCGAGCCCAAUCCCCUUUACCCCCGACCCGCUCGACGACUCCCUCCUAGUGGGCGACUACCCAACCUUCUCCGAAACCAGCACGAGCCUGGGCCUUUACCACUUGCACGUGUACUCCCCCCGCCACAACUGCCACAUCGCGUACACGAGGCCGAACGGCGACUGCAUCAUCAGCAAGUCCACGGGCAACGUGGGCAUCAAGGGCGCGGCCAAGGGGAGCUUCGACGCGGCGUUCCAGCUCUCCUCUCACGUCUUGGGAAAGAUUGCGGAGAUGAAUGAGGUUCCCAGGUGUGUUGAGUUGCUGUUGAGAGAUUACGGGUCCGGGAGGGAUGCGUUUAUGAAGGCUUUUAUGGGGAGGGAAGGCCAGUUUCUCAGGGGGAGUAUUAAGAGGGUUACGGAUACUACCAGGGUUAAAUUUGGGGGGACUAGGGGCAAGGCACUUAGGAGGUUGUAGAUGUUUCUUUUUUCUCUUUUUUUGUAGAUGGGAGGGGACGGGAUUGUGUAUUAUAUUCGGGGGGUUUGGAUGACUUGGAGGGUUGUUCGAUAUUGUACUCGUAUAUGCACCAACUUAUGGUGGACCAAAUACUCGUAGAUUGGUGGUGGGACACUCGCACUAGGGCAUCACCGUAUCAUAUUACCAUAGCCCACACUUCUUGCCGGUGGGUCAGAUUCCUCACGUGCUUUCGGCUGGGAGUUGUUCAUGAAGUGGUUCCGAGACGUGGGCGGAUCGAAAAAAGUCUAAUCCCAAUCACAGAGUCUCAAUCUUCAAUGUGACAAUGCUACCAUCAAA